AUGAAAGUGUUCCACCUACUAAUAUCCUUGCUGUUUCUAGCAAGAACCUAUGCCUUGUCUGUUUUGGAGCCGUGGCCAAAUGGCACCAAGGUAUUCUAUUAUGACAAGAGUUACGGAGAAUGGAUCAAUGGAAAGAUUCUAGAAUACGAUCGUCAGACAGAACUGUACACAAUGAAAUGGGAAGAUGGAAGAACAGAGGACUCCUCCAGAUUCAAUGAUAACGAUUUAUACAAUAUGGUCGAGAACUACGAGACACUGUGGCCCAUCGGAACUCCCCUCUACAACAGUGUAAACGCUACUUUUGGAACUGUUGCUGAUUUGACACAAUUCGGAUCCUACACCAUCACUUGGGAAAAUGGCGACGUCGAAAACGAUCAACACUCUCUCGAUAAAGUUGAUACAAUGGUAAAGGAUUACAUGGUGUACCAUGAAGAAGCCGGUCUCAUCCCACUUGGCACCCAUGUUUACUAUUACGAUGAAGAGGAUAAGAAAUGGGAUAUGGGGAAAGUCACCAAGUGGACAUCGACUCAAGGAUACACCAUCAUGUGGGGUGACAAUGUUACUGAAAUAGGAUUGUACACCGAUCGAGUAAUGCACGACAUGGUCAAUAACUACAAGAGCAAGACAGCCAUUGAAUCGGACGAGCCCAUCCCCGAAGGAACAGGAGUCUACGACUAUGACCACGAGGCUCACGCAUGGUACAAGGGAACUAUUACCAAGCAGUCACCUCAGUUGGGAUACACUAUCAUGUGGGAGAACUCUGCCAUUGAGGUUGCUCAAUACAGUCAUGAUGAAGUGCGCCAGAUGGUCUUGAAUUUCAUGAACAAGGAUUUGAUUUCACCGGAUACGGAGAUUAUCCCCGUUGGCACAUAUGUGGAGCAAGAUGGAGCUAUCACAAGAAUCGGACAUAUCAAGAGAUGGACCCCGAUGGAUGGAUACACUGUCUAUUGGGAAGAUGGCAGCAUUGAUACCAAGACUUACACCAAGGUUCAAAUCGAUUCCAUGAUGCGAGCCUACCAUAACAAGAAUACUGAUCACUGGCCCGAAGGCACUCGAUUGUAUCAGCUGCACAAUAACAUCUGGCGAGAGGGUGUCAUUUCGGAUUGGUCUAGUCAGACUUCGUAUAUUAUCACCUGGAAAGAUGGCACUAUCGAGAACAAUGCGUACACCGGAAAUGAAAUGAACGAAAUGGUCAAGUUCGCCCACUUGUAUUUGAGUGAAGAUUCGCCCUACGUUGGAAACUCUAUUGCAGUUGGCACACCCGUCUUUCUGAACUACGAUGAUGAAUGGUAUGAGGGGGUCAUUACAGCUUACGAACCCAAGGAAGGAUACACCAUUACAUGGAAUCACGGUACCGAAGAAACCAACGAGUACAGCAAGUCUGAAUUGGAUGAAAUGAUUGAUAACUGGAAGACCAAGCGACCUCCCUCUAAAUAUGGCCCAUGGGUAUCUUCUAACGAUACGAAUCCUAUGUAUGGCGUUUUGAUCUUUUUCUGUUUCUUGGCAAUCUCCGGUCCCGUCCUGAUCUUGUUUCGCAAGUACGUCUUGCGACUCCGAGACGAACGCGAGAUUCAGGACGACGAUGGAGAGGGUGAAAUUAUGUUUCAAGAUCCCAACGCCUUACCCAGCGAUCCCAAGCUCUUGCCAGAUGCCAAGGAUUUUGCCUAA